CACCCGUGUACUACUGAAUAUACAACAUCACCAGGAGAACAUGUUUGCUUCAAAGUUACAUGGCAAUCUCAAGACUGUCAGUAAGUUUGUUCAGCGUGGUUAUGCUGUGAGUGUACAGAGCCGGUUAGUCCAGUCAACCAGCGGAUCAAGGUUAUGUGUUACUAGUAAGGUGAAUCAGACAUCAGCACAGUCCAGGCAGUCAGUUAGGUGGAGAUCAGAUCAGUCUGGUCGUCAAGUCACUACGGUACAUGAUGCAUAUGAUGCCAUUGAUUCAAUCUUUGAUAGCAUCGUGAAGUCACGCACUUUUCAACCCAGCUAUCUACUAUCACAAUGUUCCCUCAUCCAACGACAUGUUACUGAACUACGCUAUCCAAGCAAAGUUAGGGUUGCACUUGGGGCAUGUGCUCUUGUCAAUGAGGAGAACACUGAAGUGACAAAGUUGGCAGUAUCUUUACUUAAUCAACUAGCCAGUCUACCUACUGAUGUCUGGCAAGACAACAGGAAUCAAGAGCACCUGAGAUGGGCAGUUUACUGGGCCGCAAAGUGCCGAUGUGCAACUCCAGGAUUCACGAAGUUAUUACAACAGCAGCUUGAUGUCAUGUGCAUUGAGGAAUGUAGAGAUGUUGAUCAUUGUGCACAUGCAUUGUUUAAGUUGAAUAUGCCUGAUCAUCACCUGGCCCAACACUUGAUGAAUCGCUAUAUGACCAUACACAGUACAGGUGAUCCCAAGUAUCGUCAUACUCAAGUACUCUCACUACUUCUCUACUGUACACUGUGUGGUGUAGAGUGCAGUGCCUUGCUGAAGCUGAUCAGUGUUGAUCAUCUGAUACAGAGUACCGAAUGCGAUCCUCGCCAUGUCCAACUGCUAUUUUUGCACAACACCCUCCCUGGUACUAACGACCAGCGGCUACAGAUAUUGGAAACAUGUUUGGUGCGGUUCCGAAAGGCUGUGGCAAGUCGGUAUUCAGGUCGAAUGCAUGACAUGCUGUCAUACUUCAUUGGCUCAAAGUACACCACUGGCAUUUCUCUGGUUGAUGGUGUGCCAGUUCAAGCAUUCUGCGUAUUCAACCGAGACUAUAAACCAGUGGAGACUGAAGCGUAUCCAGCUGAUGUGUACAAUGGUGUAUCAGUAGAUAUGACUGAAGCUAGACGUCAUGAUUUCAAUGUUGUGGCAUGUCUGGGUGUGAGUGACACUCGGUUACUACGUCAUCCUGUACGUACACCUAACGGGUAUGAUACUCUUGCAGCAUUGGCACUGAAAUCUCAAGGAUGCUAUAUUAUUCCGGUUGUACUCGAACAUGGCGCUCGGCACUCGCAGAGAAGCAGACACUUUAUCCCGGAUUUGCUGAUCAAUUAUCCGCAUCACAUUGGCGUGUUCAAAGACCUGUUGCCAGCCAAGCAGUGAUGAAUAUACACACUGAUGUCAUACUUAACACUAUGGUAUCUCUGAACAGCAGAAUACUAUGCCGAAUUGUGCAAGAAGUGUGUGAUAAUAUCAUGGGAGACUGGAAUUUGGUGUCCAUCUUGUGAUUUUUUAAAGUUAUUAUUCCUCCGAUUCCUUUCUUUUUCUGCUGACCAGAACACCGAGGAAGUUGGUGCUGCGUCUUGUUUCAUUCCACUGUAUUGGCUGAGUAACUGAGUAACGAAGUACAUCGAAUGUGAGAGGGUAGUGCUACUAGUGCUAGUGCAGUAUGCAUGUUAAUUGUGUUUUGAAAUCAAGGCAUUGUUGAGUUUGUGCGUGAAUGUUUGCGUAUCUGUGCAUUCAAUUCCCAUAUUUCUUCUUUGUGCGUGCUUGUACAAUCAUGUACC